AUAGUUGACAAUGCGUACAGUAGACCCAUCCGUCUGGUCCAAGAAGGUUCAACGUCGUAAACUGCAUCUAUCUCGUCCAUUGAGGUUCGGUACACGAUGGGGGCUGGAGGCCCGCGUGAGGGGCAGCUUCAGAGACGCCAUGGCGGAUUUCUGGAGUAACUGCUCCGUAGAAGGAGUAAGAAGGAUCGUUAAUGAAGAAACACCGCAAUGUGAGAGAUACCGCUGGAUGCUGCUAGUAACCAUCUCCCUAGUAGCCGGCCUCCUGACGCUCUCCAUGAACCUGGUGCGGCUGGUCUCGGAGCCCCCCCUCGUCAUCAGCCUGCAGAAUGCCCAGCACUCCAUCGAAGACCUGGCCUUCCCAGCUGUAGCGUUGUGCAGCUUUAACGUCAUCAGCCAAAGGAAGUUGAACAAAUUUUCAGCUGACAUAAUCAGUAAGGACCGGAACAGCACCUACUCACUUGCGGCUAUUCGUGAGAACCUGCUGGAUUCUGGCGCCCUGCUGACGCUGGCACUGCCCGUGGUGGACCUUCAGUUCGCGCACUAUCUCUCUAAGAUUGCUCCUGGCGGUGUACUGAACGUCACGUUACUUAUGUACGAGCUAGCCCCAAGUUGCGAGGACGUCCUGCUGAAAUGCUCGUGGGCCGGUAAAGAGAAACCCUGCCACAGAUUGUUCGCGACCCGCAUCACCUCCGUCGGGGUGUGCUGCGUGUUCAACGGCCGAUAUGAGUGA